UUUGUUUCUUUUCCUCGCAAGAUUCGCGACAAUGAUAAUUAUUUUGCUUUGGCGAUUUGACGCGAUAUCGUCAUUCUCAUGCCACGCUCCGACGACGAGAAAUGAUAUGUCGUCACGAUCUCGUCAAAACUCGCCGACACCGUUUUAUCGGGGAAUGCCAGAAAACGGCCGCCAGAAAGUGUUGGUAUUUGGCAAAGCGUGACGACAACGUCGUCGUCGACGCUACACCUCCGGUUAGUCUGCAGCCGACCCAGGUAUCCCAGACCGCAGCAACUUCUAUACCUUUUCCUCGGUCUGAUCCAUCGUCGUCUCCUUCUUUCUAAUAUUUGCGGCUUGCUCGCUCGCGUUUCCGCACGCGAGCGGGAAGAAAGAAGCGGAGAGAAGGGGUGAAGACGCUUUUAGACACAGAGCGUCCACGAACGUCGCGACGCCCUGAGGAACAGUAGUCGCGUACCUUAGGCAGCUUCCACCUUGCCGGCUCUCGCGCGAGUUCUUGUAACGCGUGCGAUCUUGACGUCCGGACGUCGUCGUCAUCGUCGAUUUCGUCGUUAUACUCUGCCGGCAUUAUUUUUCGUAAGAUCUUUUGGAGAACGAAUAAGACACAAUGAUUUUCGUCCCUCCAAAGAGCCUUUUUAGGCUCUAUUUAGAAAGGUCGAUUUGUUAAAAUAUCUUAAGCCAGCCGUUGACGAUUUUGAAAGUUGCCAUUUGGACGAUAUAUUGUAUAGUAGGAUAUAGGGCAUCGAUCCGCGCUAUUGUCUUAAACAAAUGGCAAAGUGUCAAAGUGCAGUUGGUGUACCUUGAUGUUCAUUCAAAAUAUAUUCGUUUCAUGAAUGUAUUCUUCGAUCAAAAGCGAGGUGAUAGGCCGUCGCAAGUAAAAAAACAAAUACGUCAUCUGGUAUGGUACAGUGAAUUUCACACGGUGAAGAACGACCGUCGUCUUUGUCGUGCACGACACCGGUCUGACGCAAUUUUACGAAGGUGGUUCGCGUGGUGAGGCGAGACAAGGACGCGACGAUGGCGGAGCGUCCCGGAGGGGGCAGGAGACGCUCGCGUCGCGACAGCACGGACACCGCAAGCACGAUACGCGAUACACCGCCUACGUCCAAGGACCGCAGGACCAAACGCUUCGGCAAACCCGUUAAAGAACGAUGGCUACUUACCAGGAAGACGUGGCGAUACAUGGCAGAUGCCGGCCGGCGUCUCAUCCCGGAUGGUACGCACAACCGUCCGGAAGAUAUACCAAAGAUCGAGCAGUACUUUCAGGAAGUAUGCCAAAAGGAGCCGCGGUUUCUGCUCUGGAGAAAAGCCUCAUAUCCGGGCACUCUGGGCUUCCGCGCCCAGCGACGUCGUAGACAAAUCAAAGGCGGUAGUUGUCGAACUCAAGCCAGCUCGGCCGAUGAAGCCGACGACGUUAAGAACUCGCCGCAGAGCUUCGUCCUUCAUGCGACUACGUCUAACAAGUUUGAUCUUGCCAAGGUAAAGAGAGAGUGGCUGCUGACAUCAGGCGACGGCAGUGGAAGCACACCGUCGAGUCCGGUGACGCAUCGUAAGACGUCUCAGGAGGAUAUCGAGGUCAAAGAGUUGGCCGACAUGCUACAAAAGUACCUGAACAUGCAGGGCGACGCGGCUAAUCCGUCAAGAGCGACCGCCAAGUCGCAGGAGAUAAUACAACAGAUGGAAGGGAAAGAGCAUUUCGAUUAUCGUAGUUUGAUAGACAAGCUGCAGCAACAUCUGGAUAUGAUCAUGGCUCAGGCUAAACGCAAUGAAGCUUCUCGUCAGAGUUCUUCCAGCCAGACGAACGUGAUUCCCGAGUCUACGUUAUCCUAUCAAAGCGAUUAUGUUCAUAAAUCAUUAAUGGAGACAUUAAGUCGUUAUUAUAGUAAAUCGUCUUCUCGGGAACAUGUUAUUUCCGACAUUUUGACAGAUCGGAAACUCCUUGAGAAGCUUUACUUUGACCUGAGGUGCACUCGGGGCUUCAGGGGACCUCGAGCAACCGGUGCGUAUACCUCGCCGUCCACUCGAUGGCGGGACCACGAGAGAAGUAGACCAUCCAUCAAUAAGUCCGACGUUUGGUCAUCCACAAGGAGAGAUGAUCACCCAAUCUCACCACCACCUCUGAUCGCCGUCCAGGAACCCAGCACCGAUCGGUACUUUCUCGAUGAUGGCGUGCAAACCGAUCCGGUUUCCCGAGAUGUCCUCGACGCGUAUCUAUUAGAGAGAGAAAAAGAUGAAUCCUCUUCGCAGAAGGAGACGGCGUCGCUUAAGUCAAGCGGACGGAGACGUAGCAGCGUCGACAAUGAUGACGUGUCGCCAUCCGUGAGCGAUACCAUUAAGAGAUACUUGCGAAUGGCGCGAAAAAAGUCUAUGGAUGCUGACAAGGUCGAUCGAUUCAAGCGGGUGAAUUAUGAUCGCAAUCUGCGCAAUAUCAAAGCCAAGGGCGAGAUUACCAAGCCCGGCGACGACGAUGGUAACAACAAGGGUUGUCAGACGGAAGACAAUUGGGCGGUGCAUUAUCGCGAGAUGUCCUCCUACGGUCCUGGUGAAAUCCCGUCCGAAAAUUUAUCGGAUGCCGACACGAUGACGUCACCGCCAGCGAGCAGAAAUGCCAGCUCGAGGAGUAGCAUCGACGCCGGCCUCGGUUCUGAGGAGGCCAACACCCCCGUUAAACAUCCUCAUCACCAUCAAUCCUUCCUGUCCCAUCUCCUGCACGGUUCCAACACGCAUAAGGAUAAGCCGCACUCGGCACCGGGUUCGCCGGCACUCACGUCAUCAUCCGCCAAUUCCGCAGGUGGCACCGCGAUGCAGAAGAGCAAGUCCUCGAGCAGCGUCGUGCAUCACGGCAGUCGGCUGGUGGCGAAGAAGAUCUGGCGCUCCAGGAGCAAGAGCACAUCGAGAGUGUCGCAUCAGCCGUCCGUGUGGACACCUCAGGGAAAAUGCACCUGGGCAGGCACGGGGAAUCGACGUGUAACCCUACAAGAUACACCGUUGCGAACGCUGUCCGAUAUCGAGAGGAAGGUCCUCUGCAAGGUGGCCGUAGCGAAGCUCCAAGCUCUUAAUUUGGGUGUGCACAUCAGGCCUCCGAGCGAAACACUCAGCAGCGGGUCGGCGACCACGAAGCCAAAGAGACGGGCGUACUUGUUGAAGAGGAAGGCUCUAACAACGGGUUUCUUUGAUAAUAAAGGAAAGGACGAGAAGGAAAAGGACGUAGCUGGUGGUCUGGUGUUCGGUAUACCUCUGUCGCAGUGCAUAGAGAAUGAUAGAAUCGCUAGAAUCGCCGCUGGAGAAGUCACCGAUGUCGGUUGCCUAAAUAGGAGCAGCAGACACGGCAGCCGGACCAGUUUCUCUAGCCUUAUAGAAACACCGACGUCCGUCGCGGCUAAAACAGAAGAGGGAGGCUCCUGCGAGUCUUUGUCGUCGAAAGGCGGUGCUCUCACUGGAAGUGAUUCCGGUAUACUCGAACUGAGCGACAGUGGCGGAGGAAGCCCCGCCGGUGAAUGGGACGCAGUACCAAACAUCGUAAGACAAUGCAUUAAGCAUCUCGAGGCCACUGGUCUCCGAACGCUAGGCGUGUUCCGCGUAUCACCCUCGAAGAAGAGGGUGAGGCAGUUAAGAGAAGACUUUGAUUGCGGUCGGGAGACCAAGAUAGGCGCCGACCAAUGCCCCCAUGAUGUAGCCACCCUCCUGAAGGAAUAUUUCCGCGAUCUCCCAGAUCCUCUGCUUUGCAGGGAAUUAUAUCAAGCCUUUGUACAUACACAAAAGAUCAGGAACAGACGACUGCAGCAGGAAGCUUUACAGCAUCUCAUUCAACUUCUACCCACGCCCAAUCGCGAGACACUUUGGGCACUUUUGAACUUCUUGAGCGUCGUCGCGGCCAACAGUGAGGAUCAGAAAAGCGAGACCGGGGAUUGGAUUCCGGGGAAUAAAAUGGAUACGACAAAUCUCGCAACUGUGUUCGCCCCGAAUAUCCUACACUGCGUGAAGCCCAGUCAGAUGAGGUCGGAGCUCUCGGCGGAGAGAGCCGAAGAAAGAAUAGAUGUGAUAAACGUCAUGCGGGCACUUCUGGAACACACGUCGACCUUGUUCACGGUACCGGCGGCAUUGCUGGACGAAGUGUACCAGCAUAUGAUGGACACCCAUCCAGCGGAGUUGGAUAUUGCGUUGUCUCGUCGCGUCGAAGAGCAAUGCGGAGAUGAUGCGGAUCCCUGCAGCGAAGCGGAGACGUUCUCUGUGGAGGAGACGCUGACUAUGUCAACAAACACCGCAUCAACGACGACGUCGACAAGAAAGAUGUGGACGAGAGAGCAGUGUCUGCAUCAGACUGCCGGCGUCGGCGGUGACAUAGGACCAAGGCCGCGACGGCCCAAGAGACCAGGAAGCCGCAGAAAGGAGGAGGGUAGGAGUAACAGCGUCGAUAGUGGAUCGAGCGAGGAUCCGUCUGAUCCUCGCCGAAGAUCCUCACCAGUAGUGAUUACCGCUAGUCUCACCAUACCCAUGUCCGAUGCGUUCACCCUGAACCUCGACGAUCCGGACAUUCCUUACAUCGAGGAAACACCGAAGCAACCAAGCGCUCCCCCGAGGCGGCAAAGGCAGAGAUCCAUCUCCGGUUGCAGCGAAGGUGGAAGACACGGAAGUGACAGCGCUGUGGGUUCCUCGGCGACCCUGUCGGGCGAUCAAGCACCGAGCUCCCCGCCGUCGUGGGCGUCGUCGCCCCCGGCGAGUCCUGAUAGCGCGGUCACCGCCGUCUCGUACAUCCCGGAUCAGCAAGCGGUUCUCCAAAGGGUCUCGUUUACGACCUCGAGCGAGGUGAGGCAAGUGGGCAGGACGACCGGUCAGCAGGAAGCGAGCAGGAGUACAGCGGCGCCGUACACGCCAAGCAUCACCAGCAUCGGUGGUGCGGUUUUAAGGUCCAAGACCGCCGAUAUCGAGAGAAUGCUGCAGAUCUCGCGGCGGGACGUCGACCUCGCGUCGACCCUGCAGACGAGCAAGAACUCGACGGUAACCUCCAGCGAAAGCAAAAAGUACACGAAGAGGCGUUACACGGACACGAGGCAUCAGACACGCCACAUACCCGACGCCGACACCCUAGCUGGCAAGACGUCGCUUGGCGUGACGUCUACGUCAGCGAUAUCAUCCUCCGUCACCUCGGCGAUGACAACAACGCAAACUCAACGCGUACAGGCACAGCCGGUGUGGAAGAGGCGGGAAUUGAUCUCCAGCGCACCGAAAGAUCGGGAGGGAUAUUUUUAAAUUAUUCGCGAUUGACAUAUCGAAACGAGAUUCGAGAUUGAUUGUCGAUAUUUCAGCGGUGGAUUGAGUCAUUUCAUCUAGUCAUUAUUAUAUAUAUAUAUAUA